AUGCCCUCAUAUUCCAAGUUCCUAAAAGAAAUCUUAUCUAACAAGAAGAAACUUGAGGACGAUGAGACAAUGACGCUUAAUACAGAGUGUAGUGCUAUCAUUCAGAAUAACAUGCCACCUAAAUUGAAAGAUCCUGGCAGUUUUUCCAUACCCUGUGUAAUAGGGAAGUUUAUAAUAGACCAAGCCCUCUGGAAUUUAGGAGCUAGUGUGAGUUUGAUGCCCCUUUCCAUCUGCGAAAGACUCAAAUUGGGAGAGUUAAGACCAACGAGAAUGUCUCUCCAACUAGCAGAUCACUCUGUUAAGUAUCCCAUAGGAAUGCUAUAG